GUAAAUAAAAUUGAUUAAUUUUCACGUAAAAAAACUUUCAUUAAUGUAACUUUGUUAUAGGAAUAUAUGCAAGAAUUCUUAGAGCACUGUUGUAAGUCAAGGCAUUACUUUUUUUCAAUCAAGAAAUGUGGUAAAUCAACUUGUACUAUUUGCCAUCCUAUUCGUUGUUCAACAGAAGAUUUUGAACAAUUGCAUCAUCUUCCAGAUCCAGUACCUGGUGAAGACUUGCAUUACAUAUCAUUUGAAAAGCUAUAUGGUACACCAACAACAGAAGAUCAUAGACCUUCGUUUAGAGAUGCUAAAGCAAAAAAAAAGAAAAUAUGACAACCACAAAAGUGAAACACAGUAUGCCCUUCUGCCCUUCUGCUGUACGUGCAAAAAAUGUUAGUGUUGUUGUAAAUUGUGCUGAGUGUGAGAAAUCACGUUUAUUAUUCAGCGCCAGGAAAUUGUCCAAAAAGGAUAGGACAAGGCUACAAAGUUUCUUAGACACAAUCUUCUAUACCUGCGGCAUGUCAUUUCAUAAUACAUGCGAUUUGGCAAUAACUACACCUGUACCAUCAAAGCAACAUGAUGAAAUAGAAAAUUUGGAUGAGGGGGAUGAUUGUAAUGAAGACGAACCUGAAAACUCAGAUGAUGAGAAUAAAUCUGAUAACAAUAUGAAGGAUUCUAUUCGUGAACUUUUUUUAAGAGUUUUUGUUAAUGAUUCUUGGUCUUGUACGUCACAGAUUGAAAAACUAUAUUAUUCAGCUGGAAUCUAUCCGGACGUUUGCAUUGAGUGUGGAAGCUUAGAUAUUAACGAAACAGCAGAAGACAAAUUCCCACAUUGCAGUAGUUGCAGUGAUAAUACUGCCAUUUCAAAGAAACGUCUAAAAUGGAAACAGGGUGGUAAAGAUAAGGGAAAGCGUACAAAGAUUUGAUUUAGACAAUUUUUUAUUUUUUUUGAUUUCGCGUUUAGCAGCGCAGCAUGUAUAUUAAACAUUUUGAUAAAACAUUUAAUAUUUUAAGCUUAAAUUUAAAAACAGUUUUAAAAAAGUUUUAAUUUUCAAUUUUAUUGGUACAUUCACAUGAGUUAAAUUUGAUUGGUUAUCAUAAAAAAAAUUAAAAGUUCGAAGAGUCACUUUAUCAACGCGGGCGGGAUAUGAGAACCGAAUUUUUAACUUUGUCUCGCCUAA